GUUUAUUUUUCGCAUCUGCCUCCGUUCGGCCUGGAUGAGAGAAACCAACUAAACGGCUGAAUUAUAUUUAAUCCGUCCGCUCCCGCUUCCCCUCCCCUGCUGGCUCGUUCAUGCAUGCGAGAGGCCUUUUUCUUCUUCCUUUACUCCUGAUCGGUUUUUUUGCUGGUCUCGUGUCCACUUACCAGAAGGGGCGUCCCUCAAAACUAACCCUGCAUGUUUUUCUCUCCCUCCCCCCUUCUCUCUCCCUCCUUCGGUGCUUCUCCUUCUCCUGUGUCGUCUGUCCUCUGGCAAAGACUGCAGUCGGGUUUUUCUCCGUCUCUAUAUCGCCCAUGUGUUGAAAUGUUCCGGUUCAGCCCGUCGUCGUGGUAUCCCUCUAGAGACGCAAUGGACAGCCAAGCACCGCAGGUGGGCGCCGCAUCCAUCAGCUGUAUCGAGCAGUCCCUCUGCCAGAUUCCGAUAUUCUCAAACGCCGUCUACUACCCCAAUUGGCGGAUAUACAAGAGUAGCCCUCCGUCUUCGCUGAAGCUGGGCUACGUCUCGCAUGUUUUUUAUGCAUUUGCUUGGGUCAAGCCAGAUGGCACAGUAUACUUGAGCGAUGAAUGGGCCGACGAACAGAUGCCGGUAGACGGUGCAAAGGGUUGCAUCAGAGCGUUCACCCAGUCGAAGCGGCAAUAUCCACAGCUAAAGGUCAUCCUCUCAAUCGGCGGAGGAGGAGCUGGCAGCGAGAACUUUGCAGCCGUUGCUGCGGAUCCAGUUUUGACAGCGAACUUCGUGGAGACCGCAAAGAAUCUGGUCGAUAAGUUCAGCCUUGAUGGGCUAGAUGUUGACUGGGAGCACCCAUCUGACCCCCAGCAGGGUAUAAAUUACAUAUCUCUCCUCGCUGCUCUUCGAGAACAGCUGCCAUCGCCUCAAUACAUCCUCUCAUCCGCCCUGCCGGCCGGUCAGUGGGCCCUGCAACAUAUCAACCUACAUCUAGCGCAAUACUACCUUGAUGUAAUAAAUGUCAUGACAUACGAUUUCUCCGGCCCAUGGGUACCACAGAGCGGUCACCAAUCUCAGCUCUUCACUCCGGAACAACCACAUAACGACGCCGCUCAGCUAUCAUGCAGCUCUGCCGUUUCAUACUUACUCGCCCAAGGUGUACCGCCUCAUAAAAUCUUAAUGGGUAUACCGGUAUACGGUCGUGGUUUCCCCGGUACCAACAGUGUUGGACAGUACUCAUGCCCCGCGUCUGAUGGAUCCGACAAACCGGCAGAUGAUGGCGCAGGUAACGAAAAGGAGGUAGUAUUCGACUAUUGUGAUCUCCCGGUGCCAGGUUCGAUAGAGCAACAUGACCCCGAAGUUGGCAAUGCAGCAUUUUGCGUCGACAACGAUCAGAAUGCCGGGUUCAUCUCGUACGAUUCACCACAGAGUGUCAAGUUGAAGGCACAGUUUGUUAAGCAGACGGGUCUGGCGGGGCUGUUUUAUUGGCAUAUUGCCGCAGACUCGACUACUGCAGCCAGAAGUUUGAUUGCUACAGGGUAUAACACCAUGCAUGAUUUGUAGGAGCGUUUGUUAUGUUGUUGGGUUAUUGUUUGGCUCUUGUUGUUUGAAGAGCACAUCGGAGUUACGGCAUUUUCAUGGUUCCUCAUGCAUCGGAUAUUGGAAGGUGCUUAGCUUGUAGUUAUCUUUGUCUUGGAAUCAAAAAGCACAUGGCAUAUCUACUGUUGCUGUUGUUCUUCGUAUUCAAGGGAGCAGGUACUGAUGUUUUCUUAUCGACCGUCGACCUGCAGGCUGCCCUGUAUGUUAGAGACAUUAACCUCUGGGAUGUAUCAUUUGGCUACGACCAGCUUUACACAGACAUGAUUUACCUUGGUGUCUAUGGAGAUUACUCCGUGUGCGCAAAAAUUGUAUAUUCGGGCUCGAGAACAAAAGUGUCUACCUUCUACCCUGAUUGCCUUUCAACAAGCCAUGAGAUAUAGCCAUAACUUAUAUACCAUGGCUUAUCAUAGCUUUAUUGAAGGUGACUGCAUACUAUCUACAGGGCACCACUAGGAGCUAUGGCAAUCAUGAAACAGGUACAAUAUUAGAGGAGUACAUGCUACUGACGUCGCUGAGCCAAUAGUAAAUGGGAGGAGCUGUUGAACCCUGCUCCCAAUAUAUAUACCCUAACGAACCAUUCAACAAUACACCCAACCACUAUCAUCACACCAGCAAAGCAAUAUCCACCCACCCCCACAAACGCAACGUAAAGAACAUCACGCUUCUCAUGACCGUUAUCGCCCGAUAAA